AUAUAGGCGAGCUGGGAGUAGUAAGAUGGCGUCGGCCGCGGCGCUGGGUGGAGUGACGCACUUCCGGCGAGGGGCCCACUAGUCCUGAGUGUGCUGCGGUGCGCGGUGAGUCAGUGCGAGCCGGAGCGGCAGCGGAAAGACAUGGCGGAGACCGACAGCUGGGAGGUAGACGACUUUGAACCAGAAGAAACGGUUCAAAAGGGUGGUGCUGCUGGUGCACUAACGACAAAGGAUCGCUGGGAAGGAGAAGAUGAAGAUGAGGAUGUUAAGGAUAACUGGGAUGAUGAAGAGGAAGCGGAAAAUAAACAAGAAGCCCAAAAAAUAGAACAGAAAGUCCCCGAAAAGAAAAAAUUACUGGAAAAAAUAAAAGAAAAAGAGAAUCUUUCUAAAAAGAGACAAGAGGAAAUGAAGAAGAGGUUAGAGGAGCCAGAAGAACCAGUAAAUUUGUCACCUGAGGAGCAAUUGGCAGAGAAACUUCGGCUAAAAAAAUUGCAAGAAGAUGCGGACUUAGAAUUAGCUAAAGAAGCUUUUGGUGUAAGCAAUGUUACUGGAAUUGAUGCCAUGAAUCCAUCCUCACGAGAGGACUUCACAGAAUUUGGCAAGCUGCUUAAGGAGAAGAUCACGCAAUAUGAGAAAUCCGUUUAUUACCCUACUUUCCUAGAAACACUUCUGAGAGAGAUCUGUAUCUCGUUGGAGCUUGACGACCUGAAGAAGGUGUCAAAUUCCUUAACAGUUCUCUGCAGUGAAAAACAGAAGCAAGAGAAGCAAAAUAAAGCCAAGAAGAAGAAGAAAGGAGUUGUUCCUGGUGGAGGUUUGAAGGCCAACAUGAAGAAUGAUCUGGCUGAUUAUGGUGGCGUAAAUGAUGAAUAUGGACGAGAGUUUGAGGAUUUCAUGUGACACUCAUUCAAUACUCACGACUCUGAAUGUGAGUGUCCUCUCCCCUCUUCAGGACUCUGCCAAAUGCUACAGUCAAAGAAUUUACACCCUUCACCCUGCCUGAUGGCCAGGAUGGGUGACUUUGGAUACAAUAGGGUUAAUAAACCCACCUUACACCCUACAUAUUUGCUCCUGCACUAUAUUUCCUGGCCUGUGAUCUCUUCCACUCUGCUUGUAGCAUACAUGUACACUUGUGCCAUGUUACAAGCAGAGUGGUCUGUGCUUCCCACCCACUCUCCUCCCCACAUGAGAAGAAACACUUUUUAAGCAGUGCUGGUCUCCUAGUAAGCUUCCUCUCUCCUCCAUGAAUCUUUUCAUAUAUAGCACUGGUUCCUCUGGCCCCAUUAGGUUUACAUGGCAUUUGCUGAGCCUUGUGCUAAGCUCUGGCUUGUGCUCAGACUCGCUCUUGACGCAGCUCAGUGCUUUUUCAUAUGUUUAGAAAGACUUAAAACCACAUGGAAUUGUCUUGAGAACUCUGCUACCAUGAACAUGCAGGAACCACAGAUGCCUCUGAUCCUGGGGUUAUUGGUCCACAGAGAGAGAGACUUUUAGCUAUCAUUGUGAAUCUGCGUGCCACGUGUAAUGCCCAUUGCUGAGAGAUCACAAAUUAAUGGGUCUUUUAACUUCUUUUUUUUUGGGUGGCUUGAUAUUUAUUUAGUAGUCAAAUAUUGCCGUGGUUUCAAGAUUGGUUAGAUGCUUUCUGACUCUCACUCAGAGGUGCAGGGUCCGACCCUUUCUCUUAAAUUCUGCUCACUUAACGGAUGACGCUUUGCAAGCAGGUCCUUCCAUGGGAGAAUUGUUAUAUUAACAAUGAGACUGCAAUGUUUGUUUUAUAAGACAACUAAUUUAAUAAAUUCACACUUGUGACAAGG